AUGGAGGGAAACUGUCGGAUAACGGUGCUCAACGAGCGACUCUUGCGCGUAGAGUACAACGAACGGGGCCGGUUCCUCGAUAGCCCAUCGUUUGCCUUCAUCUCUCGUGCUACCAGGUCUGAGCCCCGCAUCUACACGAUAGGGCGGAGCGGCGCCCUGGGAACCGCACCAGACAUUACGGAAAGCGCUCUCGGUUCAGAGCGGCAUGCAAAGGACGAUCUCAUUGUACUGGCGGAGAGCCAUCAACUUCGACUUUGCCUGGACACAAGGAGCGGUAACCUGCUGGCGAUGACGCAGCAGUGCCGCAAAACAGUCCUAGAAUACGUCGACUCGGGCGUUGCGGAUGCAGCCGAAACCGCAGCAGCGUCGAAAAAUGAUCCACCUCGGAUGAAAUACCGUACAGUACGGGACCCACAGAAUCAGGGCGGAACGAUUCAAACGCUCGAUGAAUGCGAUGGUUGGUACCACAUCCGAAAGCUCGUCGAUAUUCGUCAAAACGGUAUCGGAGAGGGAUUUUUUAGUGCCGACGGACUUGCGAUCAUCAAUGAUAGUAACUCGUUGGUAUUCACGGGCAAAAACUGGAGCGAUCCCCUCGACGAGCAGGGGUUUGUCACACGAGCGGCUUUUUUCGGUGGAUCACACGAUCACCUGGACCUAGUACUGUUUGAGCACAGUCCAAAAGGGCCCGAACAGAGCUUCCCGGAAAUUCUCCGCAAGUACCUCUUUCCAUAUAUAGGGGCACCCCCAAAGCCACCCUUAGAGGUUUUCGGUGUGUGGUUUUGUCGCUACUGGCCCUAUCGUCAGCAGGAUAUUAUGGACCUUGUCCUUCGCUUUGAAAACAGAUCGGAACCCGAAAGCGCGCCGCACCGAGGCCAGGCGAACGCCUCGCAGCCAUGUCGCCUACCGGCAGUAGACUUGUCCAUCUUCGUUAUCGAUAUGGACUGGCAUCAGCCAGAUCAAUGGACCGGAUUUAGCUGGAAUCGAGCUUUGUUUCCGGAUCCAGAGGCCCUGAUGGCAUGGUUGCACAGCAGACCGUGUCCGGUGCGGGUAGCGCUGAACUUGCACCCCGCAGACGGGAUUGCUCCAAAUGAGGAUAUGUUCCUGCAGGCUCGAGCACUCGCAUACCCCGAGCACAAUGAAACCGAACACAUUCCAUUCCACAUCAUGGAUUGCCGUUUUCGUCAGGCAUACUUUAGCGUCGUCCUGAACGCGUUGGAGAAUCAGAUUGCUGCGAAUGAAAUGCGAAUGAUCAAACACGGUGUCGAUUUCUGGUGGGUUGAUUGGCAACAAGGCGUCUCCAAGAGGGACGGGUUCGAUCCGAUGCCCCUGCUGAACCACUACCACUACCUCUGGGCCGCGAACGGCUCCCGCAACGGACGUCUCCUGCCGGUAAUCCUGUCGCGAUGGCCAGGUCUUGGUGGACAUCGCUAUCCCGUGGGAUUCUCAGGGGAUACCCUGGCAACAUGGGAUUCUCUAGCGAUGCAACCGGCGUUCACCGCUAUGGCGGCAAACGUGGGGUUCUACUACUGGUCGCACGACAUUGGUGGCCACUACGGAGGCUACGAGGAUCCCGAGCUUUACGUGCGCUGGCUUCAGUGGGGCUGUUUUUCGCCGAUCUUGCGCCUGCAUUGCAGCAAGAAUCCAUUCAUGAGUCGAACGCCCUGGGCAUUCGGCUCUUUCGAAAUCGAGGCUAUUGCUCGAAAGAUUCUGAGUCUGCGCGCUUCGCUUGCUCUGUUUUUCGCAUCGAUUCCAGCGCAUAUCCCAAUUUGUGCACCCAUGUAUCAUUUCUCCUGGAGCGAAGCACCAGAGCGCCGGAGCUGGACACCACCUGCUUUUGACAGCUGGACCAACCAGUAUUACCUCGGGGGCAACACGGUCAUUGUGGCUCCUUUCUUGAGCCCUCGCGAAGCAUCCACGCAACUCAGCUCCGUUAGCGUGUGUCUACCUCCACAUCGGCAAUGGAUUGCUUGGGAUGAGGGCAUUGCGACGAUGCAUCCCUGCACGGACCUGGAUGGCAUAGCGCUCGACGAUUCCGCAGUAUGGAAUACAGCAUUGCCGACGGAUACUUGUUUUCGCCGCUUUGGCGAGUUGUCUAGCCUGAAUGUCUUUCUAGGUGAGGGUGCAAUCGUACUGCGCUUGAUUCGAACAAAUAACGAAGCGAUUUUGAAAGUAACCAUAGUAACCGGUCGACAGAACACCCUUGAGGUUCCACAUCUAGCGCUACGAAUUGAAAUCGGAGGCGUCCAUGGAGACGUCGUAAGCGUUGAGCGCCUACAAGCGGAAUGCCCCAGCUCUUGGUACCGGCCACGUCCAAUCCGUCGUCUUCGUAUGGUGCUGCGGAAACCGAAUCAUACGACGAUGUUGCACGAUUUUACAGCGGAGGACUUGUGGGGGCGUCCCAGUGCUGCUCUGAGUCUGACUUGGGCCGCAGCAUCCAGGGCGUCAUCGCAUGCGCAGGCGACGGCCCGUAGUGUGGUCAAGCUCUUCCUGCACCAUUUCCGUCUCCGAAGCGAUCAGAAGGAGCACUUGUUUCAACGUUACCUCGAGUCGACAUUUAAGGCGGGAGAUGCUGCCGAUUUCGAACGAUAUCUGGAUGAGUUUGCGAUGGUGCUCUCGGCUGCCCAGCGGGAAGCGUUGCUGGCAGCGCAUCUGCACGGAUGGAUGGCAUUUGCGGCGCCCUUUGUUGGUGAGGUUUUCACGUCAUGA